AUGAAGAUACUGAACAAUAUAAUUCAUGGCCAGCCAGCCGCGUAUCUCCCAAAUAUUUCAUUGCAGGAAAAAUUACUGGAUGUCUUUCGCAAUAAUCUCGAUCACACUGUAUUGGUAGAUAUUGACACCAGAAAAUCCUAUACGAAUCGAUACCUUCUCGAAGCAAGCGUCAAACUUGCUCAUGCUUUAAAGACUUAUGGAAUCAAUGCUCAGGACAGAGUUGUCAUCACGAGCGAGAAUCACCCAAAUUAUAUGGUGGUAAUGUGUGCAGUUUUUAAUGCUGGAGCCGUGUUCAACCCCCUGAAUCCAACGUACACAGAAAGGGAAUACAAACAUAUGCUAGAAAUUUGUGAACCACGGGUAAUAUUCGUUUCCCGCAAGACAGAGGCGAUUAUUGCCAAGAUUGUGUCGACUUUGAGUUGGAAGGUGAUAUUAAUACAUUUGGAUAAUGAACCAUACGACAAUAACAUUCCAACAAUAAAGAAACUUCUGGAGGUACACAACGAUGCAGUGAACCCUUAUACGUUUGUACCGACACCAAUCGGCGACAGCAGCAAAGUAGCAGCAGUUAUUUUGUGCUCCAGUGGUACAACGGGUUUUCCGAAAGGUGUAAUGUUAUCUCACCGAAAUUUACUACUUUUCACCAACGCUUUCAGUAUACCAGAUAUGAUGGACUGUCGACAAGGAGAUCGAAUAAUAAAUUACCUGCCACAGUUUCACGGCUAUUCAUUCGGUUUAAUGUUAAUCGGAAUGAUUUUCACGGGAACGAUAUAUAUGAUGCGAACUUUUAAUCUAGAGACUCUUUUACAAUCGAUUCAAACGUAUAAAAUUACACAUUUGCCGAUGGUGCCUCCAAUUUUGGUACUUAUCGCGAAACAUCCAAUAGUAUCAAAGUACGACUUGAGUUCCGUCAAAGAAGUUCUUUGCGGCGCGGCACCACUUCCGAUAGAUAUAGCAAACGAAAUAAUGAGACACUUCAAAGUGAAGUCUAUUCGAAACGGUUACGGGAUGACAGAAUUAUCGAUUGUCACGAAUUUUUCCAUCAGAAACUCCAAUAAAAAUGAUGGAAACGUAGGUCCUCCGGUGCCCGGCAUACUCAGCAAGAUAGUGAAUCCAGAUACGGGCGAGACACUUGGUCCAGGGCAGGAAGGGGAAGUUUGUUUCAAAACAGAGCAAACAAUGUUAGGUUACUUCAGAAACCCUAAGACUACGGCCGAAACAAUUGACAAGGAUCAGUGGCUGCACACUGGAGAUCUGGGAUAUUACAACAAAGAUGGAUUACUAUAUAUUUCGGGACGGUUCAAGGAACUCAUUAAGUAUAAAGGUUAUCAAGUUUCACCGUCUGAGAUUGAAAUGAUGAUACAAUCACACCCUGAUGUUAAAGACGCCGCAGUCAUUGGAAAACCGGAUGAAGCGAGCGGAGAGCUACCGAUGGCUCUUGUGGUGAGACAGCCUGGUAGCAAAAUAUCGCCCGAGGACAUCAUGGCUUUCGCAAAACAAAAUUUGUCACCGCACAAAUGGCUGAGAGGAGGUGUUAAAUUCGUUGAUGCUAUACCCAAAACUCCAUCGGGCAAAAUUCUACGACGAGAAUUACAUAACAUGAUAUCUAAAUUAUAAUAUGUACAAGUUACUAUAUUUCCUGAAGAAAUAUUGUGUAUAUGUAUACAUAAACAUGUAUGUACGUUAGCUUAUAUUACAAUAUAUACC